UGAGCACCUGUGGGAGCCGCUGGGAGGGCAGAGCCUCCUCUAAGAGCCCUGUGCCUGCGUCAUCCACUCCUCCAGAUGAGGGCUCGAUGCUGCCCUGCCGCGAUUUGUAGCUGUGUGCUGUAGCUCCUUCCUCCUGAGUGGCCUGAUGGUGGUGUGGAGAGGCUGGUCCCGUAAAUAACCCGAGUGUCCCGGCUUUAUCUGAAAGCAAUCGGGAGGGAAGGCAUGUCUCCUGCUCUGGUGAGGAUGAGUAAUGCCACACGUGCUGUGCCCUCUCCCAUGGCACCUGGCACACCAGGGCCUGGCACAGCAGCCAGGCUGGCCUCAGCCCCCCCGUUCUCAGCUGUUGCCCUGCUUACGGCUGGUCACAACGACUCCCAGGAUGGCCAGCAGCUUUUCCUGACCACGACAGCAGCGCACGUCAUCUCUGGCAUCUUCGUGUGGUCAGCACUCAUCAUCACCUUCCACCAGAUCUACACACACCUGAGGAAUUACACCAUCCCCAAGGAGCAGCGCUACAUCAUCCGCAUCCUCUUCAUCGUGCCUGUCUACGCCUUCGACUCCUGGCUCAGCCUCCUCCUCCUCGGCAGCCACCAGUACUACGUCUACUUCGACUCGGUGCGCGACUGCUAUGAAGCUUUUGUGAUUUACAGCUUCCUGAGCCUGUGCUUCGAGUACCUUGGAGGGGAGAGCACCAUCAUGACAGAGAUCCGCGGGAAGCCCAUUGCGUCCAGCUGCUUUUACGGGACCUGCUGCCUUCAGGGUAUGUCCUACUCCAUUGGGUUCCUGCGCUUCUGCAAGCAGGCCACACUGCAGUUCUGCAUUGUGAAACCCCUCAUGGCAAUCAUCACCAUCAUCCUGCAGGCGUUUGGGAAGUACCACGAUGGAGACUUCAAUGUCCACAGUGGAUACCUCUACAUUACCAUCAUCUACAACUUCUCUGUCAGCCUGGCCCUUUACGCCCUUUUCCUCUUCUACUUUGCCACCAUGGACCUGCUGCGCCCGUUUGACCCCGUCCUCAAGUUCAUCACCAUCAAGGCCGUCAUCUUCCUCUCCUUCUGGCAAGGGACACUGCUGGCAGUCCUGGAGAAGUGUGGCGUGAUCCCUGAAGUUCAGAUCAUUGAUGGGAAGGAGGUGGGAGCUGGAACAGUGGCUGCUGGCUACCAGAACUUCAUCAUCUGCAUUGAAAUGUUCUUCGCUUCCAUUGCCCUGCGCUACGCAUUCACCUGCCAGGUGUACAGGGAGAAGAAAGAAAACUCAACAGCAAACCUCGCCCCGAUGCAGAGCAUCUCGAGCGGGCUGAAGGAGACCAUCAGCCCCCAGGACAUCGUGCAGGACGCCAUCCACAACUUCUCGCCCGCGUACCAGCAGUACACCCAGCAGUCGAUGCAGGAGGCAGAGCGCAAAGCGCCGGGGGAGAAUGGGCACGUGGCCUCCAAGAUAGAUGGACAGAGCAGCAGGAAGAGCAAAAACAUUGAAAAGAGAAUGCUGAUCCUGUCAGAUGAGGAGCUGUAGGAGGUAUCAGAAGAGACACUGACACUGAAGAGGUUCUAACCCAUGCGAAGGGGAGGUGUCUUGAGGCUGAGACAGCCUGGGCUAAUCAGAGUACUGAGAAGCCAGGAACUCUAUCCAAAAAGCCAGUCUCUCAAAGGGAAGAUGCGAUAACCCAGAAAAGGUUAAGUCAAAUAGUGCCAGCUUCUGCUGUCAUGGAUGGAGCUGUGUUGGACCCUGUGUUGCAGCCUGGGCUUUGCUGCCCCACUGCUGCUGUCUCUCUGCCAGCCCUGUGCCAAUGCUGGGGGAUGCCAGGCAGCAAAGGGAGCCGGGGUUCAGGAGAGACCAGCCGCCCUCGCCCUCCUCUUACCUCCAAGAUGUGCUGAGGCCUGAGAGAAAUGCUUUUCUCAGCACAGUUCUGCUCUAGUUUCUCCCAAUUUGAGUAAAAAAUGAUCUCCAAGGGCUCCGUGGAGAAAACCAGCCCAGGAAGGUGACUUCACUUCACCUCAAAACCCGGUAAAGGUUGAAAGACGUCAUUCCUUAUUUUUACAUUUUUUCGCUUCUCCUUCUCACAGCAAAGCUUAUAGAGAUAUGCAAAAGACCUUUACCAUGGAGAAAGAGUAAGUCAUCCUCUUCUCCCUCCAGAUGUGGAUGCAGCUGUCCAAGUAACUCCCCCGGGAGUGUGGCAGGACCUCACUGGGACUAACCAGAGGUCUGCAGCUGCAUUUCUGAGAGCUGCCGGUGACAGAAGUGCUUGUUUGUGUCUAAACCAGCUUAUCUCUGAACAGAUCAGAAGUUAAAAGGGAUUCCAGCUUCCUUAUCAGAAUCUUUAUUAGGGAACCAGACUGUGACUGGUGGUGGUAGGAAUUCACUUACUGAGAACUGUCUGUUCCUCCUAACUCUUCAAUAUUCCCCCGUCCCUGGGCUUUGCCUGACUUGUGGGAAGGCAAGCAGGAGCAGAGCCCAGCUGCGUGACCAUGGUGAGGAAAAAGAGGUGCUGAGGGAUGUUGCCUCAUCUUGGCUGGGGCAAGACCACAGGCAAGGGAAGACUGUGUACAGGGGGAUGCUCCUCAUAUCAGUGACGGCGAGCUCACAUCCUUCUAAUAAGACUUCUCCUUUCUUCCCCAAUUUUCAGUCUAAUUUCUAUUCUCCUGUUUAUGAGAUGAUCCCUGGGAAUGAACUUAGGCACUGGUUGGGCUGUUGUCUGGGAUGGUAGCUGGCUAGUGGAAGGACAAAGGCAAAUCUACAGCCUCAGAUUUGCAGUCAUGUAGCAAACAAACCGAUGGAUAAGGCUCGGAGCCCUUUUAAACACAACUCGUAGAAUCUGGAUCUUUUUAUUCCCUGCUCUUAAGCUGCAAAAUGUAAAUCACAACACAAAAUAAUUUAUUUCUUUUUCUAAUAAACAGCAAUUUCUAGCACAGAGCAAGCAAGCGUUUUCACUGAGCUCAGCAAGCAAAGCCCACGAUCUGCCUGUUCCUGCUAUAAUGCUGAUGCUCUUAAGCUUAACGUCCUCCCUGCCCCUCAAUGCUGGCCCAGCAGAAAUACCUGCACACGCAGCAUCCUGCACAUUUUGGCAUUCCUACAGGAUUUGUGCUCAUCUUUUUGACUCCACAAAGAACGUGCUUGUCUCCUGCUUCCUCUCCUUGCACAGCACCUCUUCCAACCCUCGCCUAAGCUGCGGAUGCAGUGGUUCAGAGGUGCUGGAUCCGGUUUAGGUAAACUAAGCCCAGACUCCAGCCCCAACAAGGCAAGUUCUGUUUAUUAUUAUUAUUGGGGCAAUCUUACCAUGCUAUAACCCAGACUCCACAUGAGCAACCUAUAGUUCAGCCAGUCCUGCAAGUCCCUCUGGUCCGAAGAAGCACUGCUCGUACCUGCCCAGCCGGUGAGACUGCGGCCACUUUUCCGGCAAUAAGGUCCAUAAACAAGAGCCAGAUGCUCUGCACAUCCAGGCAUUCAUCCAGGAUCCUGCACAUCCUGGGAGCAAGAGUGCCCUGCGUAGAAAGUGCAGCCUCAGUACUCAGGGACAAGGCUGCUCGGCUCUGUAACGCAGCCAGCACUGAAGCAGGGACAUCUCACCUGAACAUCUUGGUCUUCGCCCCUCUGGGAGCAGGCGGCUACAGCUGCAGGAACAGAGGCUGCUCUGGCCCCUGGGGCGAGGACAGACUGCAAAGGUGAUGAUGGCACAUCUGCUGGCGCACUCGCAGCCGCUGAGAUAAAGACUCGCACAAGAACACAGCAAGAACUGUGGUUGUACUUCAUUGCACAAAUGAUCGACUCCGGUGCAUAAUGGGCUGCCUCCAUCGCUCUGCCAGCAGGUGCAAUUCCCACUGCAGACAAUAACAUUUGCCUAUUUAUGUCAAGCCCUGAUUACUGUAUUAUAUGUAAAACAGAUCUUUCUUGCAAGCCAAACAAGGAGGGGGGAAGAAAAAAAAAAAAAAAAGUCAGCUGUGACUCAUGCAAGUCAGCAGUGUGAUACCAGCCUGAAGGAGCCGUGCUGGGCUGGACACCAGCUGGCUGCCGCGACGGCAACAGCAGGCACCCUCCCUGCUCCAGCCGGCGCGAGCUGGGCCUCCUGCUCGUCCUUUUUCUUGGAGAGGGGAGAGAGGCAAGAGCUGAUGGCUCAGGCUGGGCGCUGUCACGGCCCUCAAAAGCCUUAAGCUGUCAAAAGGCAUCCGUGAGGAACAGAAAUGCCAACGGUGGUGUAGGCUGGACGCCGUCUCCUCUGCUAACGCGUCUCCUCCACCUCCUCAACAAGGACACGGGGAAAGCUGGCGGCGAGCACACGGGUGACCUACACGGGAGCCUGCUGUGCCUGGAGCCACGCCAGCAGGCAGCCCGGGAGGAGCAGGCGUCUCUCACUGCCAGCAGCAGGCUCCGGUGGUCGGCAGAUUUGUUUUCCUGUUGUCGCUUGUCCUCGGGCUUUCCCCAAGGACAAGGCUGAGCUGCAGCUAUCAGAGCUCCUGGUGCUUUUUGGGCUGGAUCAGGCAGGUUUACACCCCACUCCUGUCAGAGGUGAUCAUCACAGGGCACACUACACGUGCAGGAGCUCAGGCUGACCUCCGUAAAGCAGAGGGGAAGGAAGGCAGCUGCUGGCACCACAGCAGAGGCAGCUCUCAUGCAUGGCUGCUCGCUGCACAGCACCUAGUCUGAGACAGACGCUUCUUUUUUUUGGGUGCUAGCACUCACCAACAAGUCCCUGGGCCCAGCUGCCAACAGGCACCAGGCUGCCAGACCUGCACCAGAGAACAGGAUUUGUGCUUCUAGCACACUGUUCACAGAGACCUUCUAUGCUCCUCCCCUACACAUGGUGAACAUUGAGUUUCCUUCCGCUUCUGAACCUUCACCUGGCCCAUUCCUGAUGCCCUUUUCCUCCUGAACUAAUGCUCCUCCAUCCCUCCAACAGUCACAACUGGCCCACCUCCCUUGUCCCCUCCACUGUCACCAGCUCCUUGCUGCAGUGACUCCAGGCAGAAGCCAAAGGAGCUGAUCAUGCUUUUUUUGCUCAGCACAGAGACUGCCACCAGCCCCAGGCUUCAUCCACAUGUCUGCUCAGCCAAGCCUGCCUGGCCCUGCCUAAUGACCAUCCAUUACCUGCUGACACACAAAGCCUCUCAGCCCUGCUCCGCUCCUCUUAAUUCCAGCUUUGGCCAACACACCCAUCUGUCUCCAACCUACUGCCUCAACCAAGUGUUUUCCCCCCUUCAGCUGAUCCCUCAAGAAACUCAACCAUUUGAAAUAGGGAAUUGAAGCCAACACAACCCCUGAAAGCUCACUGGCACAAGGUACCACCUUCUGAAAAGCCCCAACAGGGAAAAGCAAAAAGAUGAAGUAUUGAUGUAAGGGGUUAAAGCAGUUUAUUCACAAGCAGUCACACAGGGAAAGCAUGAAGGGAUAUUUCACAACCCAAAGGAAGAGGGAGGAGUGUCUCUCU